AUGGAGAAUAGGAAGACAGUUUUACACGUUUUCUGCAUCAUAUUCGUUUGGCUUCAAGUCGUAUUUGCUGUGAAUGAUCAAUUUCGUAAAUCUAAGUAUUCAAUAAAGUAUAAUGAUGCAUAUAUUCCUAAAAAUCACGCAAAAGCUCUUCUAACACUGAACUACAAUGAACAAUAUAAUGGAAUAUAUGAAAUACUCAAAAUAGAUAGAGAAACAGAACAGGCGCAAUAUAUAUGCCUUUUGCCUAGAAAUGGCUCGCAAACUGAUCCCCUUUUAGAGUCUGAUCAUUAUGCCAUCAGCAAUGAAACGAAGCUUAUCGAAAAUGCAGUUGAAGUAAUAGGAAACUCGUUCUCUACGAGCUCAUGCGUGUACGCAUACGCACUAGAUGGUGGAUAUUGGACUUUUUCAUAUUGUUUUGGUGACAAGGUUUCUCAGUUCCAUCCCUCUCUAGAAAAAUUAAUGAUGACAGGGAAGCAUGUACCUGAAUACCCUGAUUACGUGUACAUUUUAGGGCGGUUUAAUGGCCCCUCUAAAGGUGCGAUAAAGAUAGAAAAUCAAUCGCCGUGGAAUAGUAGCCGAUUAUCUGCAUCAGAUUUCUCUCUUACGGACAAUAAGGUGAGCCCUUUUACUCCUGGAUCGAUAUAUGACAGGCAUACUCAAAGAUCCUUAAGACAUACUCUUUCGGAUGGAGAGCUUUGUGAUCUCACUCUUCAGCCAAGAAAAGUUGACGUGAUUUAUAAAUGUCAUUUGCAUCAUCUUGGAAAGCCAGAAAUCUUGAGCGUCCAUGAAGUUAAAACAUGCCAAUAUGAAAUGACAAUAAGCAUUCCUCAAUUAUGCUCCAUUCGAGAAUUGAGACCUACUAAUGCUGAUGAUAUGGAGAACAAGAUAGAGUGUAAGUUGAUUGAUGAAAUAGAUAGUGCUCUUCCAUCCUAUACUCCUGACUUUGAAAAAUACAAUAAUAAGGCACCAUUCAAUGAUAGAAAAUUCCCGGUUCCGCUUUUCUACAAAAUUAAUUUAUCAAGUCUUUGGCUAUCACCUUGUGGAAGUAACUUUUAUUUGGGUCAAAAUAAAGUGGAAACGUCAACUUCCAACCUUUAUUUUAAUUUGAGAACUGUUCUUGUCUUUAACGGAGAGUACAAUUCCGAUCAAGAGUUAGCCAAUAAGGUUUCAAAAAUGGUUGCCAAUGGUAUUGGCAGAAUUUUUAUUGCACCACAAACUGAUUUAGAAGAGAAGCAACUAUUGGUACAAUGGAGUGACAGUUUUACAUUAUGGUUCGAACUUUAUGACUUUUAUGCAACAUUGAUAUACUUGGUAAGAAUACAGAGAGAUGGCUCUUUUCCAGAGAAAACUUUAGAUGUUAAGUUGGUAGAUCCGAACAAUAUGCUUGAUCACAAUGGCAGCGUUGUUGAUCCUCCGAAAUGGGAUGCCACGAAGAAUGCAUGGAAUUUUGAAGAAUUUUCCAAGAGUACAGUUAAGGUAGCUGAUACUGCUUUGUAG